AUGAGUCAGACUCUGGUUCUGAUGGGGGUCUUCAGGACCUCCAAGAUCAGGGGCGCUGUCGGAGAUCCUAACCCAUGGGUCGUGAAGCUUUUCUGGGGGGAGUUGCUCCACGCGGCCCUGCCUCCUCAGGCCCGGCCUCUUACUCUGGGAGCAGAGGAUGAGUAUCGAGGGCAGUCGGUGAUGGCAGCAGAGCGAGCCUCUGAGUGGUGGAGUAUAGACGGCCUGCGUAGGUCUGACCCCUGCUCCCACUCCAGAGGGAAGUGUGAGCGCUGUGUGGCGAGGAGCUUCAGCCAACUGACUGCCCGGCGAGCCCAGAAGAACAUGACCCGCUCCUGUAGUGACAACAACACAUACAACCAGAACCACCAUCAUAACCAUCAGCACAACCGCUGCCCCGGACCAGGAACCAACCUGGUUAAUGGUCAAACCCUGACUAUACCCAACCACAACCACAACAUGCACCAUAAUCUGAUGGAAAGGGUCCACAGCCUCGACAUCCCCAUGGGGUCCACGCCUGAGCCCUGGUGUGAUAACAGACUGUCUGCAUUGGUCUACCCUGUCCCUGAUGACGACUAUAACGUCCCCUACAACUCCCCAGCAGCCAACCUCUCCAGCCAGCGCGCGUUAGACCUGGCCACAAGGGGAAAUAAGAACAGGCCCAAAGCCCUGGCACCUCCAAGGAGGUACUGCCGACACCAGGACGUCACUAGUGAGGAGGGGGCCCCUGGGGGCCUGCCAGACUCCAAUGUUUCCAGUAGAGGCUCCCCUGUUAGAGAGGAUGGAUGGAGUCCCACACAUACCAACUGUCAGGAAGUAGAGAGUGAGAGAGAAAGAGAGAGAGAAAGAGAGCAAGAACACUCAGGGGGAAGUGGAGAGACUCUCACCCACUCAGAGGCUCGCUCUGCUGCCAUCACCGACUGCCCUCGAUACUCAUCCUGCACAGAAGACAGACUACAUUCAGGUGCUGAAUCUGCCUUCCACCUCUGCUCCCAGAGUAAGAGGCCGGGCCUGAGGAGGCAGGGCCGCGUGGAGCAACUCCCCCCAGAAAAGCUUCACGACCCAUGGGUUAGGAUCUCCGACAGCGCCCCUGAUCUUGGAGGUCCUGAAGACCCCCAUCAGAACCAGAGUCUGACUCAUCUCAGCUCACACCACGACGCCACACACACUCCAUCCCAAAGCGACAGACACCCCAACGACACACACUCCCCAGUCGCCAUGAGCCAACCGAGUGAGUUUCCCGAGCUUCCUGAACUCAACUGUUCUUCCACCCACCACACCGCCCCAGACCCCACCACCCCCUCCACCCCUGCCUCCCUAAUCUCCACCCCCAGCCCAAGGACUGAGGACCCCCCAGGGGUGAGGAAGGGCCCCCCAGUUGCCCCCAAGCCUGUGUGGAACCGUCAGAGCCUCAGGAGUAUUAGGAAUGGGAGGCCCCAGGCUGAGCUGGCCAAACCCCUGGACAUCAGAGGCGGUGGAACCACCUUCGGGGUACGUCUGCGGCCCACUUCCUCUACAGCCCAGCUGUCAAUCAAGCAGAAGAUCCAUUCAUUUGAGACCUUCUCUAGUCCUGAGGGUAAAGGUCACGAGAUGGAGGGCAACAACAGGAGGCCCUUAGCCCCCUCCACUUCCCUCCCUCUGAAGGACAAGGCACCCGUCAGGAGUGACCCCCCUCUCUUAGAGGAGAAUGGCACAAUCCAACAUGACAUGGGCAAAGGAGCCAAAGUGACCUCUCCAAUCCCUGACGAGGACCAGGACAGGAGGAUGUCCUCUUUUCCCCCUGGAGCCUCUCCUCACUCCAUCCUUCCGCCCUCUCCUGCCUCCCACCCUUCUCCUCCUACCUGCUUUUCUCUUCAUCCGACCCCCCACCCUACCUCGGAGCUCCAGACCCCAGUGGAAGAGACAACAGACCCCAAUGCAGAGAUCUCUGACUCGCCAUCCACCGAGGACACCACCACCUCCCCAUCCACCCUAGAGGCACCUCUCCCGAGGCCGAACCAGAAACAGAGCCCGUGGAUGGGGAGGCCUCCAUCUCCCCAUCGGGCCCGGUGCCCAGGAGGUCCAGCAGCUCCAAGGGAGAGAGCUUUGGUCCCUCCAACCACCAGAGGAGGGGGAGGGAGACCAGAGCGAUGCCCAGGCUCAGGGCAAGCAGGAGACGCGUGGGCCAGCCCCUGGAGGGACAGAGCCUGGGGAAGAUCUCCCCUCGGGCCCGGUGCCCAGGAGGUCCAGCAGCUGAGAGCUUUGGUCCAUGGACCAGAGCGAUGCCCAGGCUCAGGAGGCCAGGGGAGGGAGAUCUCACAGACGCCAUCCCAGGCUCACUGGGGCACAGAGCCAUCUCAGGCCAGCCAUCCCACUGGCACAGGACAGACGCCAUCCCACUGGCGUCACAGAGCCAUCCCACUGGCACAGCCCCACCAGACGUCACAGACGCCAUCUCACUCCAUCUCACCCGGAUGGGUCACAACAGCCAUCUCACAAGGACAGGAGCACAGGACAGACGCCAUCUCACUGGGGAAGAUACUCUCCUUCAGUAACCAGGUUUCCCAUGCCCUGAUGCGUUCCAUGCACUCCCUGCUCCCCUCCCUCUGUCCUACUAGGCCAGGUAACCCUGGGUCAGACCCAGCCCCUGCAUCCCCUCUAGUCUGCAGCCUGGAGGAGCCCGCCCCGGCCCAGAACACUCCCCUCUCCCCUGGCCCCGACAGCAAUGAGAAUAGCUUCUCUGUCAGCCUAUCUGAUCUGAGGCAGUGUACCAUUGAGCGGGGGGAGGAGGGAGGGGACCUGGUCGCACGCCCAUCUUCAUCAGCAUGUGCCCAUUCUGUUAUCUCAGCCAUCCCGCCACAGGAAAUACAGACCAUGAUCCAGGAAGUGAAAGCUCUGGAUGAGGAAACACUGAAGCAAUUUGAGCACAUCCAAGUGGUGAUUCUGCACAAGGAGGAAGGAGCAGGUCUGGGUUUCAGCAUUGCAGGUGGGAUAGACCUGGAGAGCAAGGCUACCACAGUGCAUCGUGUUUUCCACGGCCUGGCGGCUCAAGAGGGGACCGUGGAGAAGGGUGACGAGGUGCUGUCCAUCAACGGCCAGACACUAAGGGGUGCGACACACGCGGACGCCACCGCCACGCUGCGCCAGGCCCGCACCAUGAGACUGGCCGUGGUGGUGGUGAGCAAGGGGAGAGAGGGAGGAGGAGGGAACAAGACUGAUGAUUCCUCUGUCAGCAGUAGCAGUACAGACCUCAACCCCGCAGUGGAGGAUGGGGGGGCCAUGCUGACUGUGGAGCUGGAGACAGGAGGAGGGGGCGUGGGCUUCAGUUUGGAUGGAGGGAAAGGCUCUAUCCAUGGAGACAGGCCUCUGGUCAUCAACCGGAUCUUUAAAGGUGGUGCUGCGGAGCAGAGCGGGUUGCAGUCUGGUGAUGAGCUGCUGCAGGUCCAGAGCACCUCCCUACAGGAGCUGAGCCGCUUCGAGGCCUGGAACAUCGUCAAGGCUCUGCCUGAGGGGCACAUCACUCUAGUCAUCCGGAGGAGGAAGGAGGAUGAGGCAGAAGGGUCUGCCUGAGGGACAUCUCACUGUAGUUAACAGGAGGAGGAAGGAGGAGGAUACUGAGGAGUUACCCCUAGACACUGAUUUCAGGUCAGUUUACACUGUUUAUACUUAAUUGAUUUCCAGAUACAAUAGGUCCCUACCUACAGAGGUAGUCAUUAAGAUCUGAUCACAAUUACACUUCUUUAAAAAUGUGGGCACAAUCAGAAUGUGGACAAGAUCAGGACAAAGGACUCAUGUUAGCACCAGCUAUAAACGGAGCUAUUGAUUCUCAAGGUUUGGCCACAUAUUGAUUGUGGCCACAUUUAUAGACAGGUGUCCGCAAUGAAAAUAUCUAUUGUGAUUGGAUUGUGAUCAGAUCUUCCUGAUCACCACCGGAGGUAGUCAGGCACACAUGUUGUCUGGAUAUCUUCCAAGUGUAGAUGGAUGUGGACAGGGAAACCAUUUAAAUCAUCAUUAUCCCUCUACAAUCAUUGACAGGUGGCGCCAUCGUCUUAUGGCAUCAAUACGUGUCUUUAAAUAAAGAAAAUACAUUAUUUUGAAUGAAUAUCUGUCGAAUAAUUUGCAUACAGGGAGGAACCAGUAAAUCUUGGUCACAAUGUGGAAACAGUGGACAGAUAAGAGACACAUUUUAAUACAAUGUGUAGAUGCAACGGCAAAAAUGUGGCCGCUAUCAGAAUGUGGACAACGGCCUCGAUUCAAUCCGUAUCGCUGAAGUUUAGGGUUAUAGGGUGAUUGAAAAUGAAAGGUCAUUUCCGGUUGAGCCUACAUAUGAAUUUACCGUGAAUGCAAUCUCCGCGAACACAGGAACAUUGCUUUUAUAUUUCAAUUACGCUGAAGUGCAGGUCUUCAGUGCUACGGAUUGAAUAGAGCCCGAGAUCAGAGUUAGCACCAGGUAUAAACAGGGCCCAACUAGAACACAAAUCAACCACAAGCCACCAUACCAUUUCAUAUGAGCACUAUUAACAUACUGUAGUUAUGAAUAUAACAUCUAUAUUCUAUAUCAUAUUGCAAUGACAAUCAGGGACUGUUACUGUAGAAAGAGGUGAAUUUACAGGUGCUUUGCUCUGACUGCCUUCCUACACCCAGAACUUCUAGACCAGGGACCACAGUGAGUUUGAGAUUUGCACAGAUAUAGAUAUAGUAUUUACAUGAAGGAAGGGAGAGACAUUCCAUUGCUUUUGACUGUUAGAAAUAGUGUACAAUACUGUAAUGUAGUCCAAAAGAGUAUUAUACUGAUACAAACUAUUUAAAAUGGGAUUUGCAUUUUUCAUGGAAUUGUAGUAUUGUAGUAUUGUGCUUGAUGUUGGAAUCAUUGUUUAGACCAAAGACUGUGAGUUGGAUUCAAUCCAUAUCGCAGAAGAUCAGCAUCAAAAGGUCAACUUAAUUUCCGUUUACCAUGAAUGCAGUCUCUGCGACCGCGGGAACAUUGCCUUUAAUUGUCUAUCGCACAAUAAAGUGGAUCUUCAGAGCUACAGAUUUAAUAGUCGUUAGUUUGUUUAUUAGAUGACAAUGGGAGAAUCUCAAUUGCAUAGUGCUCGCGUCCUCUCUCCUUCUCAAAACCCAUUGGAUGAGAAAGCCGGAUGUCCCGCCCCUCUGACCUUCUCCAAUUGGUUUUGAGGAGGCCAGGCGAGAAGACGUGAGGAAUAUCUAAUUGAUAUUCUCCCUAUGGGUGAAACCAAAGAUAGAACUAAACCGGAGCAAAUUUUCACCUUGUUUUCUCUCCUAGUUUGAUAUCAAGGAAAACACACGGUGUGAACAUUUUGUACCAAAAUCUAUUAGAAUAUAGAUAUUUAAAACUCUGUGUAUCGGUACGAAAGAUUUAUCGCAAUAUACAUUAUACUAAUAAAAUCAUUUAACCCAA